AUGAGUACAUUUCUUUUAUCUGUUGGGUUCAUUCAGAGUAUUGCUGACUCUUCUUUGUUUAUUUAUAGUCAUGGGCUGCACACAAUUUAUUUUCUGCUCUACGUUGAUGAUAUUGUUGUUACGGGCAGCAAUGAUCGUCUCCUCCAAAGUUUUAUUGAUGUUCUUGGGCGCGGUUUUGACAUCAAGGAUCUCGGUCCUCUUCAUUAUUUUCUGGGGUUGCAGGUUACUACUCACUCUCAUGGCCUGCACUUUAACCAUAUUAAAUAUGCUCAUGAUCUUCUCUCCAAACAUGAUCUCUUGUUCAGCAAGCCUGUGAGUACACCCAUGUCUGCCAAGUUUGUUCUUACUUCUACCAAUGGGGUUGUGCUAGCAAAUCAUACGGUAUACCGUGAGCUUGUUGGUUCCUUACAGUACCUCACCAUCACUCGCCCAGAUAUAGCCUUUGCAGUUAACUUGGUAUCCCAGUUUAUGAGUCAACCACGUGAACCUCAUCUUAUUGCUGUCAAACGCAUUCUCCAUUACAUCAAAGGCUCUCUUAGUCAUGGUUUGUUGUUUACUCCCCAACGUCAACCGGUUCUUCUUUCGGCUUACUCUGAUGUUGACUGGGCUGGUUGUCCUGAUUCUCGUCGCUCCACAUCUGGAUAUCUUGUGUAUCUUGGUUCCAACCUCAUCUCUUGGUGUUCUAAAAAGCAACCCACAAUCGCUCGCUCUAGUGCUGAGUCCGAGUAUAGGUCUCUUGCCCAUGCUAGUGCAGAAACAACAUGGUUGGGUUAUUUAUUGUAUGAACUUGGUGCCCGGAUUCAAUUUCCAAUUUUGUUACAUUGUGAUAAUCUAAGCACCACCUAUAUGGCUUCCAAUCCUGUGUUCCAUGCCCGCACCAAGCAUAUUGAGCUUGAUUACCACUAUGUUCGUGAAAAGGGAGCUCAAGGCAGUCACCGAGUUUGCUUCAUUCCUUCUAAAGACCUGCCAGCUGACUUACUCACAAAGCCGUUUCACAAGUCUCGCCAUCUUCUUUUCUCUUGCAAACUUGUCCAUCCAGAAGGACCAAGUUUGAGGGGGGCUGUUAAAGACAAUCAAUCUUCUCCAUUGAAUAGCCAAUAA